AAGCAAAAAACAACAAAUAAGAAAGAAAAGUUAGGGCACUUUCACAAUGAACUACCCUACAAGAAUCCUAUUAGCGUUUCAUAACAACUACCUGAUGACGAUCUGCAUGAUAUGGCCUGUUAAUAUGUCUGAGGACACUACCAACGCGCCCCUCAGAUGCUCCGAUACCUUUGGAGGACAGGUAGCCAGUCAUCAUUCUUCUUCCAUAGGAUGGUCCAGUCUGAAAUUGAAGACGAAUAUGCAAUCCUUUUUUAUAUUCCUAUUACAAACCAAUUAUUACACACACCAUCUUAUUUUGGACAGAUUCUAUACAAAGGUUAUUGCAAGUUUUGUCAGCUUAUGACGUGGAAUAAUGCGUUCUUCAUUUAGGCUUGUGUGAUUGCUACAGUGCAUGGAUCUGUGAGGAACACAUCGGUUACAAGAGAAAGCACUGUUGUUUUUCCUAAUUGUUGGUGCACACCAUUUCUUUUACAUGUAGGCAACAAACGCCACUGGUCACUACCUGCAAGUACACUGCGGUUAGCAAUCAUACAAAUUAAUCAAAAUGCUGUUGCUUACCUCAUUAAUUGCUUGAGCAAUCUCGCUCUCCAGUUUGGAGUCCUGCACCCUUUCUCUUCCUAUACCGUUUUGCGCGGAAAAUUCGCGAAUGUUUGCUUUGGAAAAGCCUUUGGUCAAUCCACAUUCCAGGUGGAGAUGACUGGAAAUGUCUUCGUCAGAAUGGCCGUUUCGGAGCAUACUUUCAAUUAUUUCUCGGUAGGGUGACAAACUGGACUCCAUUUCAACUAACCGCCUACCGUCUUCUUCUUCUUCUUCUUUUGCUUUGGCGGGUUUUUUCACAUUCUGUCAUGCGCAGAAGCAAUCCGCAGAAAAUUUUGCGCUUUCGCUUUGAGCGACCUCCACCGUCCUCUUACCCUUCAGAUAUCCCGGCCGUGCAGGAUAUAUUGAAUAAAACGUACUAAUAACUUCAUAAACAGAAUAAUCUUCGGAUAAAAUGGAGACGUUUGUGCUCUUCAGAGGGAACAAGAGAAUAACUCUAAAAAUGGACGAUAUGCGUGUCGACAGGAUCGCCCGCAUUUUCCAGGUCAGCAUGGAUAGCCUGUACAUCACUGAUGCGGCAAACAUCGCAAUUUUUCCGGUCGAGAGUGGGCUAUUCAGCUCCCUGGACCUGUUUGACCAUGGUCAUUACGAGAUUCAUGGAGACGUUUGGGACACUGUAGGGGCCCCGACAGCCCCAGCCCCAGCCCCAGCUCCAUCGAGGCAAUUUGCCUUUCGCAGCAGUCAGCCUGUGACUAAUGAAAAUAUGAGCAUGCUGUCGAGAUCAGUGAGGACGCCUCGGUCAUUUCAAAGGUCCAUUCAAGUGUCCGAGGUAAUGGAGGGCAAGCUUAUUUCAACAAGGGUUGUUAUAGUGCGAUUCACCGAAGCAGAGGCAACAGUAUCUGCCAUCCUGGUGAAGCUGAAGGUGGCCAUGGGAGACGAGGAAGACUACAUCCUGACAGACACACUCUGCCACGAAAUUGUGGAGUCAGAAGGGACAACUGGGUCUUUGUACUGGAGGCAGAAUUCAAGGAAAAUCCAUGGUAUUGAGAGUACCGCAUACUGGCAAUGGCGUCGACGACGAUCAAGUACCGGUGACAGAAAUGACCAUGUCCAAAGGCUGAGGGACAAUGUGGAGGAACUGCUGGAGGCAUCCCAAGGGCUGGAUGAAGUGGCUAAGAAGAUAACCGACUUGGUGACCGUCAGCCGUGGUUCUUCACUAGUUUGGCCUGAGUUCAAACAGGCCUUCGUCUGUUUGAUUUGCAGAGCUACAAUGACUCAGCCGAUGUUUUCAUCCUGCUGCCGGACCCUGGUGGGGUGUAAACUCUGCGUUGAGGAAUGGAAAAGGACGUCGGAUCACUGCCUCAAGUGCAGGGAUGACCUGCCGAUUUACAGAGAGGUAGCUGGACUCUCUGCAGCACUGGACGCCUUGAAGUCCCUUCCCUAAAGAAGACUAGGCUAGCUUGUUCGUUUAGAUGGUUUUUUUUAUGUUCUUAUGAUGUUCUAAUGUUGCGUGUUGUGUUAAUGUGUUAGUGUUGUGUUCAUGUGUUAUAUGGCUUAGAUGUUCCUAGAUGUUUUGUUAAUCUGAUUCUUCUCCAUCUCUGUUCAAAUAUAAAUAAAAGUUUUCUUUAAUGUG